GCAUGGAGACGUCAGCGCGAUGGAGAUGUUUCUCGGGCCGGCUUUGCAACGCCGGAGCGUUUCCAAGAGAGGCUGGUGGACUUCGCCCGAAACUUGGGUCUUCAGCCGUCUCAGCGAUUCCGGGGCAUUGCGCCGGCACCCUUGCCGGAACGCUCCAAGGAGGCCGUGCAUCAGCUCUCUUCUCUUCCAGGGCUUCCACCGACCGAGAUCAGCCUGCCACAGCAGGAGAUCCGCAGCGAUGCCAAGGCACCGGCGCCUGAGCCGGGCAUGGGCGCAGCUUCCAGGUCACCAGUGGCACAGCAGUACGUACUGGCUCUGGACCUGAAGCGUUGGCUCAACGCCGUGGACCCAACGGGAGGAUGUUUGCACUACUUGGCCGCCGUGCAGGAGAGGCACGAGACCAGCGAGCACCUCACCAAAGCCUACGUACAAGAGUCGUCGGGUCGCUGCAUGCUGAAAGCCGAGUUCUUCAGUGAUCUGGCGAUCUCCGCGGAGCACCGCCCACGCUUCCUCCGCUGGUUCACCGACAGCUGCGGUGUGGAAGGAAUCCUUGGCGUGGAAGCCUCCGAUGCCGCAGCCGAGGCGCCGGCACUGCCAUGCUCCAAGGCGGCCGCCAAAGAGGAUGCCUUCGUGGACCUUCGCCAUCUUUCCUUCAGCGACUGGCUGGCCAGCAUGGAUCCGGGCAUGGCCUUGCAGAGGUAUCUGCCAGCGAUUCAGGAAAGCUACGACACGGUGUCGCAGAUCACUACUACCUACACCACGGCCAGCACGGCUGAGUCUGACCUGAAGUGCUUGGAUGAACAAAUGUUCGAAGACUUCGGCAUAGAGGAGUCGGAGCAUCGGGCGCUUUUUCGCAGCUGGUUCGUGCGCUUCUGCGGAGUGAGGCCUGCAGAUGCUGAUGGUGAGGAGGACCCGGCAACUCCUCAUUUCGGUCCCGAAGGAGAAGAGGGAAAGGAGCCAGGCACGGCCGACCAGAGCGAUGCCCCGGAGGCAGCGCAGGAACCCAAGCAGGUUGGCGAGAUCUCGGAGAAAGCCCCCCAAGCCCCAGCAGGAGGAAGCGGUGGCUUCUUCGAUUUCGAGGACCUUCCGGAGAGUUCUCCCACUAGCACCGCGCAGCCAGAGCCGCGGGAGGAGGACGAUGCUUCGACGGCUGUGGGAACCCAAGGUGCAGUCGAGAAUGUCCAGCAGCAAGAUUCCAGCGGCAUGUUCGACUUUGACCAGCUGGAUUCAGUGCAGGGGUUGGGCGACAACUCAGCGAGUUCGGAUCCCGAUGAUGCGAAAGCGGCAGAGGUCGUGCCGGCAGCCGCUGACAGCGUGCAGCAGGUCGCGCAUCACUUGCGGCCGUCGGCACAGCCCUACAUUGCAUCCAGGCUUCGGGAGGCUCCUGAUCCUGAGGCGGCCUCCGCGGCGGAGGGCCGGGAGGAGGCACGAGCGGCGAUCGAAGUCCUGGCGCGUGGAAUGGGCAAGUUGCGACAAGCAGGAGCCCUGUCGCGACUUCGUGGCUUCCAGCGGCUCGAAGAGGCUCGACAUGAUACGGACGCCAGCGCCGCAGCGGAGGGCCAGCAAGAGGUAGCGCAUCACUUGCGGCCGUCGGCGCAACCCCACAUUCCAUCCAGGCUUCGGCGUUCUGUUGCAGACUCGCCGACGCCCUAUGAGACGCGACCUGUGCAGACCGAGGCUCCACAGGACGUUGUUGCCGGCGAGCUAGGGCACGAAGAUGCUUCGCAAGACACCGUGGUCGCUGCGGAGUGUGGCGAAAACGAGGCUGGCCGAGCAUCCGAGGACGAACAGGAGGUCAAGCCAUCCGGAGGUGGCUUCUUCGACUUCGACGACUUGGACGAAGCUGGGGGUUGA